AAUGCAGCACACCACGCGAUUUACCCGGAAGCUGUGGUUCAUAUUAUUUGAAAUCGUGCAGUUUUUCCUACAGCAUCAACUGACUGGACCUGAGCGGUUCUGCGAGUCCAGGGUUCUGUUUGAAGCAUAUUUUGAGGCAAAUUAAACAUUCUGUUCUGUGAGUUUAGACUAAAGCUUAAAUCUACGAUCCCGACACUACUUUACAAUCCAAAAUAGGGUUCUUUUGUUAUUGGGUGAUAAUUGCCAUGAGUCCGUGAUUGAGCUUUUCUCCAGUUUGCAUCAAAUUGACGCCAGAAUGGCCACUGCCAAGAAAGCAUCGUCUAAGACAGGGGGGAUUCGUUUCGCAGAGGAUCCGGCUGCUGCCGCUCAGUCCCAUGUGCAUUUCGACGAGAAACUGCAUGACUCUGUCGUCAUGGUGAUGCCGGAGUCAAAUGGGAACUUCAUAGUUAAGGUGGGCUUCCUGAAAACACAGCACCGGUACGAGAUUGUGUUCACGCUGCCUGAGGUCCCAGAGCUUGGGAAAGACGUGUGUCCUGCACCUAUUCCAAACCCACACCUCCGCAUUACUAAUUUAACAGUAUCUUCAGAUGGUGGUCUCAGGGUGACUUGCGAAUAUGUGGCCCUUCAGGAGGGAGUGAUGUGCGAGGAGGUUCAGAUUCUUAGUGAGAGCAAAGAGGAUGUGUGUGUGAAGGUCAAGGUUCAUGCCCGUGUCAUGGAUCGCCAGCAUGGAACUCCCAUGCUACUGGAAGGCGUGCGGUGCAUAGGAGCAGAGCUGGAGUAUGACUCUGAACAGAGCGACUGGCAAGGAUUUGACUAAACUUCGAAACCUCAGACUUACUGAUCAGUGCUGCAUAUCUCUUAGGUGGGCGGAGAACAGAGUAUUCCAUUUUCUGGAAUUCUAUUGAUAGCAGCCCAACAAUCAAGAACCCAAGGGUAUUUUGUCUGUCACUGCUUUCUAUUCACAGCAUUUUAAACACAUUUUGGUUGUUAGCUUGUUUGCAUUGUUACAAUAGAAUGCAGGAAUGAUCUGUGGUUAAUUGUAGCUUUAUGUGAUUUUGGUCAUUUUGUUUCAGGUUUGAAAGAAAACAAUCAUACCCUGUUGUUUUCUGUCUAAAUUCCAGGUGUUAUAACCGAAUGUCACUUUUAAAUGGAAAAAGAUUAUAUGCGUUUUCUUUGAUGUUUGUUACUGCAUUAACACAAAUCUGAUCUAAUUACAACUGUUGUAAAGAGAAUUGAUGGAGGACUUAGCUUACUGUGAAUCCCCAUUAUUCAUAACACUAGGGGGCACUACUGAUCCCCAAAUAAAUUUUACACCAUAUAAACCUUGUUGGAAUUAUAAUUAACUGUAGAAUUUCAUCUACUGAAAUUGAUUUUUAAAAAAUUCUCAUCUUUUCUCAGAGAUUCUGAAAUUUUAGUCCACAUAUGUUGGUGUUCAUAAAAUUCUGCCCUAGUUAAUUUUGAUAAUAUCACGUAAAGGGCUGCUCAGAAUAGAUUACAUAAUUUUUCUUUUAUUUGUAAUUUUAGUUAUUUUGUAGAGCCAAAGUGCCUAAAAUUGUAUACUUAUAUGUUUUUUUCUCUUGAUGCCAGCAUGUCAUUUUGGAGCUAUUGUCAUAUUGAAUGUCUGAGCUUUACUCAAGCAUAAGGUUGUGUCUAUUAUUGGGUCCUUUUACUGUAUAUGUAAGAUCAUUGGAUCUCUGGAAUUGUACCUGUAAUAUGAAGAUUAUACCUUGGAAAUAUAAAUUGUAACUGUAUGAAAUAUUUUCCAUAUCAGAUGUACUUUUAUAGUUUCUCUUUGCAAAUAGUGUCAUUGGUUUGCCUGGCUGAGGAUUGUCUUAUUGUCGUUUUCUACUUAAAAUAAAGUUGACUGUUUGAUUUGAAAA